GAGCCGAGCCGGCGGCGGGUCGCAGUUGCGGGUGGCGUUGGGCCCGGCGAGGAAGAUGGCAGCGCCCGCCGGCUGGGCCUCGCUCUGUGAGAAGUUCCGCAGCUCGCUGAGUCUCUCCAACGUGGAGUCCAAGAAGGACCCGGAGAACGAGCCCUACCGCUCCAAGUACGGCGCCCGGGAGCUGCUGGAGGAGAUCCGGCAGCUGCUGGGCUCGGAGGAGGCGGCCGAGGCCGAGGGCGCCCCCGCGGGGGAGGCGGCGGCGCUGCGGGCCGUGCGGCUGGCCGUGGUGGAGUACGAGCUGGGGGUGAAUCACACCGAGACCGAGGAGCUCUCUGCCGGCGAGGAGCACCUGCUGAAGUGCACCCGGCUGCUGGAGCGCCACCGCCUCUCCCGGGACUGCGUCUCCCUCUACAUCCAGGCCCAGAACAAUUUGGGUAUCCUGUGGUCUGAAAGAGGUGAAAUUAAAACAGCACAGACUUACUUGGAAUCUGCAGAGGCGUUGUAUAAUCAGUACAUGAAAGAGAAUGGGAACCCUCCUCUUGAUCCCAACGAACACUUCAUGGCUGAAGAAGAAAAACUUACAGAUCAAGAAAGAUCAAAAAGAUUUGAAAAGGCCUAUACCCAUACAUUGUAUUAUCUGGCUCAAGUCUACCAACACCUGGAAAUGAUUGAAAAGGCUGCCCAGUAUUGCCAUACCACCCUUAAACGACAGCUUGAGUACAGCGGCUACUAUCCAGUAGAAUGGGCUCUGAAUGCUGCUACCUUGUCACAAUAUUAUCUCACUAAGCAAUGCUUUAUGGAGUCUCGACACUGUUUAGCAGCUGCCAAUGUCAUCUUUAGCCAAGCUGGACAGGUUCCUUCUUCAGAGGACAAUGAAACAGAACAAGACCAACAGGAUCUUCGACAGAGAAAAGCUGAAAUUGCAAGAUGUUGGAUUAAGUACUGCUUGACUCUUUUGCAGAGUGCUCGUAAAUCACUUGAGGAUAAUAUCGGAGAGUUGGAUCCAGACAGGCAAUCAGAACUUAAAGUCCAAAGGAAAAAAGAGGAAGAUGAAAAAGAGAAGGGCAGGAAGAAAGCUGUCCUCUUUGGAACCAGUGAUCUAUGUGACUCUAUAUUAGCCACAGAAGAGAAAGUGAGCUGUAUAUGUCCUUUAGAUUUUCAAGAAGCCAGAGAAGUCUUCCUAGUGGGUCAGAAUUAUGUUCAUGAAGCAAAAGAGUUCUUUCAGUUUGAUGGCUAUGUUACUGACCAUAUUGAAAUUGUUCAGGACCACAGUGCCUUGUUUAAGGUGCUUGCUUUCUUUGAAGAAGAUUAUGAGAGACGCUGCAAGAUGCACAAGCGUAGAAUAGAUAUGCUGGAGCCCAUGUAUGUGGAUUUGAAUCCACAGUAUUACCUGCUGAUAAGUAGGCAGCUUCAGUUUGAAUUAGCGGACACCUAUUAUGAGAUGAUGGAUUUAAAGGUAGCUAUUGGUAACAGGCUAGAGGAACUCGACUCUCAUACUAUAAAAAAAAUUAAUUCUCUGGCUCAGUUAGCAGUCAAGUACUAUGAACUCUUCUUAGAUUCUUUGAGGAACCCAGAUAAGAUAUUUCCUGAAAAACUUGAGGAUGAUGUUCUUCGCCCUGCAAUGGUGGCCAAAUUUCACAUUGCACGAUUAUAUGGCAAGCUUAUUACUUCUGAUGGCAAGAAACAACUGGAGAAUAUGCAGACCUCAUUGGAAUAUUACACAUUUCUAGUAGACUAUUGUGAGAAGCAUCCAGAAGCUGUCCAGGCCAUAGAAACUGAACUAGAACUCAGUAAAGAAAUGGUCGGUCUGCUUCCAACAAGAAUGGAGAGGCUAAAAGCCAAACUGUCUCCGUUCAGUUAAACCCUUGUCUUCAAUGAAUGGAAAUGUGCAAUAUUAAAAUGAUCUCUGUCAAACAUACUUUGGGACAGUUUCCAUACCUUGUUGUUGCCCUUAGCAGUCAGAUGUCUGCAGCUAUAAGAUCCAAUUAUGGUAGGCACCAUAGAACCUUUUUAAAAUUGAGAACUGUCUAGUUUAGUUCCUCACCCAUGCUAACAGUAUAAACUCUAAAUGUAAAAUGAAUGUCCAUUUGAUGAUCUGUAUUGCAUGCUCUUUAUGUAAAUACAAGCCCUUCCUGCCUUACUUUCUUCCUCCAGUACAUAAUUCAAUUUCUAAAUGUAGUGUUGUACUUCAGAUGUUUCUUUUAAGGGAACCUUUUGGGUAGCUUGACUGGUCCUAGAAACCUUUUCUAAGAAUCAGGCUUUAGGCAUGCAUUCUGUCUACUAGACAGGAUUUUAGUCUUUCUAACCCAUGCUCCCAAGAUUAUCCAUAUGGAAAAGAGCCUUAUCAUAAUUGUGUCCUGUAUUUAUUUUGUAUGUUGCGAAGUGACUUUUGUUGCAGUUAAAACAGAGACCUCUUAGAGGCUCAAUAAAUGGACUUGCUUGACUAAA